GUUAUUUGCACUUCUGCCUCGUUGCCGCGUUCAUAGGCAUGGAAAUAUCUACAAUGUAAAUUCUAUAUCUUUUUCUGUCUUUGUCAAUUUGAGGUGAGGUGUGUAGUAAUUUGGAAAAUUUGUCGGAAUUCUUUGCUGAAAUGGCUUGAUUAGAGAAGAAAUUCAAAUUAGUAAGGACUAAUAUGUCUAUAAAUACACCAAACUUUUAACUAGGUUCUUUCCUCCUUUUUUUCACUUGCUCAUUAAUCUUUCUUUUUGAAAUCAUGUUUUAAUAUUGAUCAGAUUCUGAUUAGUUGUGAAGAAGGGAGAUCUUUAGACGGGUUUAUGCGGGUCCUUCAUUAAGAUUUAAAGUCACUAUUUGGUUUGAGGUGCUGAUACAUACUGUUCUGCCUCUGUUGAUGGUUUCAAUCCCAACUCAGUUUAUAGAACUGAGGUGCUUUCAAUUGUUGAUUAAAAGUGAAAUUUUCCUGGACUUCAGAUAAAAAGGUAACUUUGGGUUUGAGGAACGAUUCCCGAGGAAUUGAGAUUUUGUGGUGGAUAUUGUCAAAGCAGUGCUUUCUUUCGCAGGACUAAGCAUUAAGGAUGGGUAGCCAAGUGUGGGAGGACCAUCAUGUCCUACCCGAACUUCAAGAAAAUCUGGAAGAAUUGUUCCCUGGUCUUACUAUUGAAGAGGCUCUUCAACAUCAGGAAAGUCUUUACCAGUCACUAAAGAUUAGCUGUGUAAACCAAACACUCCAAACAGCAAGAUCUUCUGACAAUGAACCAAGCAGUAGCCAUGGACACUCAUGGGGAGAAUCAUCAUUUUCAGAGAGUUGUGACCAUGAUUUGGCUCUGGAUGAAGCUGUGGCUAGAUCUUUGCAAGAGUUAGACUCGGAAGACGAAGUUGAUCAUGUCGCCAUUUUAGAAUCACACCGGAGUAAUUCUAGGGACACUGAACAUGCUGCUGCUGGCACGUCUAUUUCGGAAACAUUUCAGGAUCCCGUUGAUCCAGAUCGGAUGACUUACGAGGAGCUGCAGUCCUUGGGGGAUGCAAUUGGCAGUGAGAAUCAAGGAUUAUCUAAGAGGGAGAUGUCCAUUUUGCCAUGUUACACAUACAGAACUGGUUUUUUCUCAAAGAAAAUCGAUAUAGGAGACUGCGUCAUAUGUUGCACGGCGUAUAGAAACCGGGAUUCUGUGACCACUCUGCCCUGUGCACACCAAUAUCAUAAAGAUUGUAUAGAGCCUUGGCUGGUGAAGAAAAGGAUUUGCCCGCUCUGCAAAAAGGAGGUGAAGUUGCAUUGAACUAGAACUAGCCAUGUACCGCGCUACAAGCCUACAACCAACCGCCAUUUUGUUGCAAGUUCUGUAAGAAAGCAACCCUAGCUAUGUAAAAUUUGGUUGCUUUUUUUUUCUUUUUCUUUUCUCUUCUUCCCUUAAUUGGUUUGUUUCAUUAAGGUGGAAUGUAGAAGUACUUUCAUAUCUGCAAUUAAAGAUUGAUGUGGUUGCAUCUAUGUGUAUGAAAACUCGAGUAAUACGAAGUACGGAGUAGUAUGUUUGAAGGUUGUUUGAGCUUCAAGCUCUGAUUUUUCUUUCA